AUGACGCUGGGUAUUCUGCACCGCAGAACGAAGAGACAACCCCGCUACCCAGCACCGGCUAGCGAUGCCAGAUAUUCAGCUCCUGAAAUGAAGGCUCCAGCUCCGCAACAACAACGGCCAGUUGCUCAUGCUGGUGAGGCUCCAGUAGCUCGGAAGCCAAUGCCCCAAGUUCAGCAACCAGCCGCUGGGAUGGAUCGUCCGACUCCAAGGUCUUCCAAGCCCACAUCUCAAGUAGGAACGGCUCCAGGACCCCAGAGGCCAGCUGCAGAUACUGGGCGCCAAGCUCCAAUGUCUCAGAAGCCAAUCUCACAAGAACAACGACCAGCUGCUAGUGCUGGACACUCCGCUCAAGGAAAUGCUAUGAGGAAUGAGCAACCUGCUCGAAAGAAUGUUGAGACGAAACCUGAACAGUACUAA